GCGGAUCCAUCGGAAUGGUUCCAAACGAGUGAUGACCCCGAAACCGGUUACAAGCUGAGCGAGGUGGCCGCAUCCCUCAUGCUGAGAUAUGCUGUUCGUAUCGUGUAUGGACAAAAUGAAAAGCGUUUUGAUCAACUGACUGGUAGUCGUGGUAUCUAUGGUCCUGCCGAUACAUCACGUCUGUUCUCCAAUCCCAUGGGUCAGGCACAUGGGUCCUGGUCAGACUUUGCCUCCAAUACAUCAUCCGCAGCUCCUGGUCCCGGAUCCGGGGGUACCCCUAGUCACGGGGCUCGACCACAUGUGAGAAAAGAUGCAUUUUCCGAUUUGCUUAACGAUUUCGGCGAGUCUACCUCGUGGCAAGCAAAUGCAGAUGGUUCAGGUCAAACGAAAAGUAUCAAUCAGAUGCGACGCGAACAAUUGGCGAAAACCACCGACCCAGAUCAAUUGAAGGUCCAGGAUUGGGCAGAAGGUAAAUCACGCAAUGUGCGUGCGUUGCUUUGCUCACUGCCGGCUAUUUUGUGGGACGGAGUGCGUUGGAAGCCUGUCAGCAUAGCGGAUUUGAUCAGUGCCGAACAGGUCAAGCGUCAGUACCGAAACGCCGCGCGUGCCAUUCAUCCUGACAAGUGGCGCAAUACGGAGAACGAGAAACUGGCUCGGAUGAUAUUUGUCGAAUUGAACGAUGCGAUGACUGAGUUUGAAAAGGAUCCGGGUUCGGUCAUGUCUUUCUAA